AAUUGUAAAAGAAGAGAAAAGAUUUGACAGUCCAAACACUAGACUGCUUUGCUUUUCUCAUCUCCCAAAGAAACUCUCCUUUUUAUGGUCGCCCCUCUCGUUUUUCCCCAAUAACAGCUGCUGCUUCUUCUAGUUUCAACUUUGAAUUCUUGAUCAGCUUAAUUUUCCCCAAUAACAGCUUCUUCUUCUAGUUUCAACUUUGAAUUCUUGAUCAGAAAAAAGGGCCAUUGUUAUGGAUCUCAAAAGCUCCUCCAAGUACCCGUCUUCUCAUGGGGUAACACCACCAAAUAUUUCAUGUUCAAACAAAAAUUCAAAGGUUUUUGGUGAUUUACAGGAACAUGGAGUGAAAAAAGAGAAGCCAUUUUUGGCUGGAUCUCUUAAUCUCAAGGAAACCUCUAACAAGAGGAAUGCUCCACCUACACCAGGUCGACCCCUCUUCAGCUUCAGUAAUGUGUCGAGAAAAAACUCAAAAUGGAAUGAUGCUGAAAAAUGGCUUAUUUCUGAUCUUCAUACCAAAAAAUCUAGUUACGGAUUUGUGAUUAAACAACAUCAUCACACAAAAUUGAAACCUGCAGCAGAGGAAAAGGUUCAAAAAGCAGUUUCAAUCCAUCAUAACUCGCCCAGACCUUUCAAUGGGAUUUCAGACUCACUUGAUGUCCUAAAAGAUAAAUUCACAAAUGAGGUACAACCCAAUUUUGAAUGUUCAGAGCCAUUGAGCGAAAGCAGAGAUCCAUCCAUGGUAAAAAGCAGAGAUCCAUUCAUGGUAAAAAGCAGAGACAUUGGGACCGAAAUGACUCCACUUGGCAGUUCCACCACUUCAAGAUGCUCCACUCCAUUCAAAAACUUCUCUCCACCACGCCACAACACCCCUGCAACUAGGUCAGGACCCGACCCAGGCCAUUUAUUAGCUAAGCUAAGGCUAGAGACUUGUGUUAUCCCUAAUUGGACCUCCACGGAGGAGGAAGAAGAGGAUAUCUCCAAGAGCCUCAGACACUUUGAGAUGACCAAUGAAUGUCCAAAAAGCAUUUCAGAACCUACAGCUUCUGCUUGGGAAGAAGAAGACAAAACCAAGUGCUGUCUAAGGUACCAAAGAGAAGCAGCAAAAAUUCAAGCUUGGGUGGACCUCCAAAAUGCUAAAGCAGAAGCUCAAUCAAGAAAGCUUGAGGUGAAGAUUCAAAAGAUGAGAUCAAACUUUGAGGGGAAGGUGAUGCAAAAAAUGGCAGUUGUUCAUAGAAAAGCAGAGGAACUAAGAGCAGCAGCGCAGCUUCAACACAGUGAACAAAUUCAGAAAGCAACGGAGCAAGCAAAGAAGACGAUGAACCAACACCUAAGCAUGCAUUUUAGUGGUCACAGCAGCUCAUGUGGUUGCUUUCCUUGCAACAAUCUUCAUUCUUCAUAGCUUACUGAUUAAUGUAAUUGCUUACACAGAGAUAGCCAAUUAAAAAUGAUGAAUGUAAUUGCUUACUUGGAAGGAAGCCGAACUUAACACAAGUUGAAACAUUUGUUAUUAUACAACGAAUUUACUAAA